AUGGGCUCGAAGCUCUAUAUCAAGCAGGACUUGAUGAUGUGCGAGACGGACUACCGUCGACUGUACGGCUAUCGUGGAAUGUGUACUGGUUGCCGACAAGUCAUUCCACCUUACGACAUGGUAAUGCGUGUAAAAAACAACCUGUACCACCUGAAGUGCUUUCGAUGCAGUGUUUGUUCAGAGAGUUUUGUUGUUGGCGAACGAUUUCGCCUUCACGAGAAUCAAAUUCUUUGUGAAAGUGACUGGAGAGAACUGAGGCUGUUCUCGCAAGCCGCCUUCAACGAUCGAAGCCUCAAUCAGAUCGCUCGCAAUCUACGUGAAAUGCCUGAUUUUCAACCGACCGAUGAGGAAGAGUCCAAUUGCUCGACAAGAGAGUGCUAG